AUUCAAUAUGAAAGGCCUUCUCACAACGGCAAGAAUAGUAUGCAAGAGCCCUGAAGCCCGGAAAACAGUCAUCGACGCGUUCCGCAAGAUCAUCGCAUACACAGCUCCAAACGAGCCUGAAGUCCUCCAAUAUGUCUGCGCAGUACCUCUUGAGGAUAAAACAGAGACCGAAAUAUACAUGAUUGAAGAAUACACAUCGCAAGCCGCCUCCGACGCCCACCUAGCAACCCAACCCGUCCAGGACCUCAUAACCCUCUUCACCACAUCCGACGUCCUCGCCCAAGCGCCAGAAGUCCACAACGGCUCAGUAGCAGUGCGACGGAGCUCCGGCCUACCCGUUUCUAGCUCCUCGAAUCCCGCUAUUGCGCUUGCUAAUGUAGGAUAUAAAGCUGGGAAUGUGGUGGAAGAGUGGGGAAAUGUGGCCAGAACUGCAAUUGGGGGUGUGAAGGGGUUCAAUCUGUUUAUGGUGGUGGAGGAUAAGGACGCGAGUAGUGUGAGGGCGGUGUAUGUGUUGGAUAGUUGGGGGGCUUAUAAGGAGUUUGAGCAGGGUAGUGGAGUGAAUAAAACGGGUGUUGCUGAAUUGGUGAAGAUCAAAGCCGUUGAUGGAUUUAUUGGACGGGAGGACAGGAGUAAGCUGUAAGAGUGUGGUUGGAGUGAAUAACCACACGGGCGAAUGGUAUUGCAAUCGAGCUUGUCAACUGCACUCCCAAUCGCGCCCAAAGCGAAAAACAAACUGACAGAUGUAACAAGAUAGAGAGAUUCUGUAAGCUUAGGCAGUCCUUCUGCCCCGAUACGAGGAAUGAGGAACCCACAUGUGGAGCCUAAACCAGGGUCCUUCCCUUUCUGAUCGCCCCCUAGUUAUGUGGUGUUGGCCGUGGGAGUAUAUCCAGAAUCUUCCAAGCUCAUCUCUGCUGACUUUGUGGAUUCCAAAUAUCUCUUCUGGUACGUUACUGUAACACCACCAUCCGAAUGAGCGAUACCCCUACUUGUAGUAAUUAGCAAUGUAAAUAAC